GGGCGCUCACGUGACCAGGGGCGUGCUGCGGCCGCCCGGGCGGACCCGGCGAGAGGCGGCGGCGGGAGCGGCGGUGAUGGACGGGUCCGGGGAGCAACCCAGAGGCGGGGGGCCCACCAGCUCUGAGCAGAUCAUGAAGACAGGGGCCCUUUUGCUUCAGGGUUUCAUCCAGGAUCGAGCAGGGCGAAUGGGGGGAGAGACACCCGAGCUGGGCUUGGAGCAGGUGCCCCAGGAUGCAUCCACCAAGAAGCUGAGCGAGUGUCUGAAGCGCAUCGGAGAUGAAUUGGACAGUAACAUGGAGCUACAGAGGAUGAUCGCAGCUGUGGACACAGACUCUCCCCGAGAGGUCUUUUUCCGAGUAGCGGCUGAAAUGUUUUCCGACGGCAACUUCAACUGGGGCCGGGUUGUCGCCCUUUUCUACUUUGCCAGCAAACUGGUGCUCAAGGCCCUGUGCACCAAGGUGCCCGAGUUGAUCAGGACCAUCAUGGGCUGGACAUUGGACUUCCUUCGAGAGCGGCUGCUGGGCUGGAUUCAGGACCAGGGUGGUUGGGACGGCCUCCUCUCCUACUUUGGGACACCCACAUGGCAGACAGUGACCAUCUUUGUGGCUGGAGUGCUCACCGCCUCGCUCACCAUCUGGAAGAAGAUGGGCUGAGGCCAUCAACUGCCUUGGACUUUUUCUGCAUAAAUUAUGGCAUUUUUCUGGGGGGGGGGCGGAUUUGGGGGCCAUGGGAGUUUUUCUUACUUUUGUAAUUAUUGGGGUGGGGCAGGGUAGGGAGGUGUGGUCUUGGGGGGUGGGCACAAUAAACCUCUUUUGGACCACA